AGUAAUAGGUACGAGUGUGAAUAUAUCUUUAAUCCAGAUUCCAAUCUAAUCAAGCAUUUACGUUCCCCAUUUCAAAGGGAGAUUAUAAUUUAUUUACAUUGCACAACUUUAUUUCUAUGUAAACGAGGCAUCUCUAUAAAAAUUAGUCUAUAUAGAGAAGAUGUCUUUAUCAGCCAGAAAGCAGAAAUUCGUGGAAGAUGCCAAAGCAGCCGAAGAGCUUUGCAAUACAAACAGUCUGCCCUUUGGAGAUUUUUCCAUAUCGGAAUCCACCAUUUCAUUUGCUGUUACUUUGGAAACGCCUAGAUUUGAAAAAUGUACAAUUUGUGUAACAGAUGACUACCCAGAAAAUACCUUUAUUUGUAAAUUUGGAGAGAAAGAGGAAACGGAGAUAAUAAACAGCACAAUACCACUGAUAAUUGUCAAACUACAUAAUGAUUUAACCAGCCCUCCAGAUAUGAUGAGUCAGUCAUCCUUGUCUGUACCUCACUCGACACAGAGAUCUAUCAGUAUGGAGUCUUCAGGUUCUAGUUAUAUGGACUGUAAAUCUACUGUGUCCAGUGAAUCUGAAGAAGAAGAUAUGGAUUACUAUUAUAAGGAAGAAGGGUGUGUUGGUCAAAAAAUUUGUCCUGUGUUGGAAAAAGAUAUGGAAAAAUUAGUAGAAUUGUAUGGAGAAGCAGCUAUAUCAUACAGAUUAUUAGAUGCCAUAGAUGAGAUAGAUAUACAGAUUAAUCUGCCACUUAGUUCUAUUAUUGAUGCCCCUGUAGCAGAAGCAUGGAAACUAAAUAAGGAAGAACCACUAAGUGUUUGUCUUCAUUUGUCAUAUACAAAUUAUCUCGACAUCCCAAGUCCGCCAAAAGUGGAAGUUUUCCAGACAUCUAGAAAUGAAAAGAAUGGGAUCUCAAGUCAAAUGAAAAAGGUAAUGGAAACUUUUGUAUUUCAUCAAUGGCCUAAAAAUAGUAACAGAAUGAUUGAUGAAUAUCAUAAGCGGCAUGAAAUUGUUGUUAACCAAGUAAGUGAUGAAGAGGCAGCUUCAAUGAUUGAGGAUAAAGAUUUAGCCAGGAUUAUGGAGAUUGGAUUUUCGGCAGAACAAGCUAGGGAUGCUUUAAUUCUGAGUCGGGGAGAUUUUUUAGAGGCCAUUAAUCAUUUAUUUGCUAAUAAAGAUAGUUUACAGACAGAGACUAAAACAACAAAGAAAGAAGAUAAGAAAGUGAGAGAUUUAAAAACAACAGAAAGACAGAGUUCUGUGCCGAAUGAAAAUAGAAAGAAGAAAAAUAUAUUUAGACAAAUAAGUCAUGGCAGUGCUGGUUCUAGAAAAUCUAAUGAACUUUCUUUAACAGCUGAUUUACAUUUAAAACCGUCAUCAACCUGGUUUGGUAAAAAUUCCAAAAGAAUUCCCGAACCUGAGUUUGGAUUUCUUGUCCAGAUAUUUCAGUAUUCCAGACAGAGAUUACCAACUUUAAAUGAGUAUUGUGUUGUUUGUGAUGAACCACAUGUCUUUCAAAAUGGAGCUAUGCUUAAGCCAGCAGUAUGUUCCAGAGAGUUAUGUAUAUUUGCCUUCCAAACCUUAGGUGUUAUGAGUGAUGCUGCUGAAGACAUUGCCACUGGUGCUGAGGUUGUAGAUUUAUUAUUAACCAUGACAAAGGCUGCAAGUAAACAUAAUAGACGCAACAUAAUAUUUGACCCCUAUCCAACAGUUGUAGAUCCUAGUGACCCUAAUGAACUAGCUUUAAAUCCAAAAAGUAAAGAUUAUGAUGCAGUAGAUAAAAUAUUGAAGCAUGUUAUGUCAAUGGAACAAAUGACAGCAUUGUCUUCCAGUGAUAUAAAAAAAACAUUAGAUUCUAAAAAUAAAUUGUGCUAUCCUUUACUUCAAUGGAUAAUUACCAGUAAUAGAUCUCAUAUUGUAAAAUUAACCCCAGAAAAGAGAAUACCUUUCAUGAAGACACCAUUCCAGUAUUUGUUACUCAGCAGUCCACCAGCAAAAGAGGCAGCAUUCAGAGAAGCUAAAGAAAAAUAUGGCAGUACUUUUGCUUUUCAUGGUUCUGCUGUAGAAAACUGGCAUUCUAUAAUAAGACAGGGUUUAAUAGUAGCAUCAGGAACCAAUAAACAGGUGAAUGGUGCAGCUUAUGGGAAAGGAAUCUACUUAAGUCCUAAUGCAGGGACAUCAUUUGGUUACUCUAGAAUGUAUGCUGGUGGUGGAGGCAAAAAGCAAUCUGAGAACAGAUCGGAUAGAUUUUUAAGAGGAGAUAAUAACACAUUAUUUUGUAUUGCUUUAUGUGAAGUGAUAACAUGGCCACAGUUGAAGAAGUCAGGUCAGAUUUGGGUUUGUCCAGAAAGUGAUUAUGUUUGUACAAGAUUUUUCUUUGUAUACGAGGAAGCAACAGGACAUGAAAAUAUAGAUACACAACAGAAACAGUAUGAAGAAGCUAUACUAAAGGCAUUGCGAUAGAAAUCUUUAUAGACUUCUUGGAAAAAUACAGGCAAGCAGUUUUGCAUAUACAUAUACAAG